UAACAGCAAACAAAAAAAUAUUUACAAACAAUCAAAAGAAAAGUCCAAAAAGUUUUCAAAAGUGCUUGCAAUUUUUGUCGCGAUAGUUUCCGAAUUCCUCAAUGUUCCCACAGGAUGAAAGUGAGUAAGAAAAGAUCCUCCAGUAAGCGGAAGUCCCGUCGCGAUUCAUCGUCAUCAUCGGACAGUAGCAGGAGCAGUAGCAGCAGCAGCACCGAAGGCAAUUCCUCUGACAGUUCGACCAGCAGUGGAAGUAUUAGCAGAAGCAGCAGUCCAGAUCGUAAAAAGUCCAAAAAAUCCCGCCGAGAUGAGCGGAAGGAGAAAAAGAGGUUGAAGAAGGCGCUCAAAAAGGAAGCUAAGCGCGAGCGCAAGGAAGGUAAAGCCCGGAGGAGAGCAUUGAAAAAACAGGAACGCGAACAACGGAAGGCGGAAAAGCGCCUCCGAAAGCAACAAAAAAAGGAGCAAGGACGGAGCGAACCAGCGGCCAUCGCGGGGGCCGAUUGCGGUGUGCCGUUGGAUCUGAUGAAUACCCAGGCGCGGGCACCAGAAACCCGGGAGCAGUACGAAGCGCGCCAGGCGGUGGUGCGGCGGGUGGUAGAUCCCGAAACGGGACGCACCCGGCUGGUCAAGGGCGAUGGGGAAAUCCUGGAGGAGUGCGUCAGCCGGGACCGGCAUCUGGAGAUUAACCGGCAGGCCACUGCCGGAGACGGGGCAGAGUUCCAGCGGAAGACCAUCGGGUGGAAGUUUGAUUGAUUGAUGUGUGGGGGGCGGUUAAUAUAGUGGAAGGUGGGGGCAGUAAAUUGAAGCCGUCGUUUGAGGGAUUGAUUUUUGAGAACGCCCGUAUCUCCUUUCAGUUAAGGUAGAAACAUCGGUUUCGGUAAAUGUAGGCCUCUAGGGGUCUGGGUCAUUUGGUAUGAAGCCAUUUGGCAUAUAUGCCAAUGUAUACAUAAAUUCCAUCAAAAACAGGCAUAUUUUGAAAGAAGGGAUCUAAUUCUAUUUAUGCCAAAACGGCCAUUAUGCCAAAUGAUCCGCUCCCGACCUCCAGAACCAAUUGCUACAGUCACAUGUUUUCUAUUGUUUCAUAUAUUGGUAUCCAACCCGCAUGGUUUUAAAAUUAAUUUUGAUCAUUACGCGUGGUAAAGAUCGAUAA